AUGGGUUGGUUCGACGGUAAAUCCAGCACAGUUUCGUCGUCAGGAUACACGCGGCGUCGGUCAUCCCCAACACCCAGCUCGCACAGCACGCACAGCAGACGCAGCAAAUCCGGCCACUCCUCCACGCACCAUACGCGAAACCCAGCGCCAUCUUUCUUCGGCGGGCUAGGCGGAGGCCGAUCAAGCCCAUCUGUGUUUUCAUCGUUCUCAUCUUCGUCGCGUCGGGCCCGGCCCCGCCAGGGAUUCAUCCAGCGCAUGCUCCGCGACAUCAAGCGUCUCUUCCGUGAUAUCUAUCGCUGGGCCCGUAAAAACCCUAUGAAGGUCUUUAUGAUGGUUAUCGUGCCGCUCCUUACUAGCGGUGUUCUGCCGAAGUUGCUGGCUAUGAUUGGCAUUCGCUUGCCGCAUGCUGUUACCAGCGCCCUGGGUGGUGCAGCGAAGUCGAGUGGUGGUGGUGAUGGUGGUGGUGGUGGUGGUAGGGGUAUGUCGGAGAACAUUAGCAGUCUCAUGAACAUUGCCAAGAUGUUUGCGUAG